GCGCUGCAGAUCAGAUUCCGGUGCUCUUGCUCGGUCCAAACUCGUCCGAUGUCGCUCCGAGGCCAGAGGCCACCGGCGUCCUCGGUCAGCUCCCAGAGCCAGGUGCCGAACCCCCAAUUCGUCGUUCAGCCCAUCGCACUCAGGAGGAGAGACGGCUUCGUCUACCCGUCCUGCACACAGUGUCUGCGCAAGCUUAGCCAGGAAUGCCCUUCAACGUACAGCUGCAACCGAUGUCGCAGCCACUUCCCAAAGGCCAAUACCAAAUGGACAUACUAUCUGACUUUCAUCGGCCACUGGAAAGGGGCGAUCCGCGAAUUCAGCGUCUUUGGCAGUAUCCUCGACCCUAUCUUUGGCAUGCCAGCCGGACAGCUUGUUCGGCAGAUGGAGACUCGGGACUUGACCCAGCAAUCCUAUAUUGACCGAGGCAAGAUCAUCGAGUCGAUUUUCGAUGCCGUCGAGAAAUGGCUUGUCGACAGCAAGUGGGUCAUCCAAGUGGCCGCCGCAGAUGUGGUGAAAGUGCCUGCAGCUCCAUUGGGCUCGCAGCCGACAUCGAGCCUGGAUGCCCCCGAGAGCCUGCAUACCCGCGAGCACGGCACAUCCGAGCAGGAAGCCGAAGAGCGCAUCUGGCAAAUCCUCGAGAGCGCCACCUCGACCGAGUCACUCGUUGUGCAGCUGAGUGCGAUGAGCCUGCAGAGCCCUGUGGUUUCUGGUCCGACCUUUGGACUCAAAGACAAGAACAUUGUUGUCAAGAAGUGGAGGGCGCUCAACGGCGGCCCGGCCGACUGCAGUGCCUUGUGGGCAAACAUCCAAGUGAUUCUGGGCCUCGGGGCUGCAGUCGGGAUGGCACAGACCCCCAAAACGCAUCCAUCCGAUGACAGAGGCCCGGACACAGCAGCGGCCACGGAUUCGAACAAGACCGCAAGCUCGCUUGGGUAUCCCUGCACUGACGGCGAUGAUAAUCGCAGCAGCAGCAGUAGCGAACAGGCAGACGAUCUGCACUUGCUUGCCUUCGACCCGGAGGAGCAAACCUUUGGCUACUUUUUGCGGGCUGCAUCGGGUCGGUUGACGGAGAAUCAGCCCGGACUGGAUUGCAACGGCGAUUUCGACGACGGUUUCGACGACAGCUUCGAUGACGACCAGUUGAUUGCAAUGAUGCAGAACUCGUCGCUAUAGAGCCCGGGCUGGUCCUGGAGAGUCGAUGCCACCCGGCGUCGUCUGCGGCAUUCUGCGGCCUCCAUCUUCUCGCAUCGGUCUCCAUCUUCUCGCAUCGGCCUCCAUCUUCUCGCAUCGGCUUUCACGUCCGGCCUGUCCUGUGAUCCCGUUUGGAUCUUCCGGUCUCCCGGCAGCCCCACACAGCCCAGAGG